AUGCUGAAGUCGGCCAAAAGCGUGGUGAGUGCAGUCGGUGCAUACAAGCAGCUACACAACAUGCAGCUCAAUGGGAUAGCUUCGGCUUCUCAUACCGUCACCAAUCUGAAAAGGUGGUCAGUCGCUGGCAAAGAGCUUCCUGGUGUGGCCCAAAUAAAGACAAUCCAUGUCUAUGACUUCGACAAUACCUUGUUUAGCAGUCCUUUACCGAACCCACAACUAUGGAGCGGAUCAACAAUCGGUUAUCUUCAGACCUACGAGGGCUUCGCUAAUGGCGGAUGGUGGCAUGACCAAAGUAUUUUAUCGGCAACUGGAGAGGGGGCUGAUGUUGAAGAGGCUCGAGCGUGGGCAGGAUGGUGGAACGAACAAGUGGUACAAUUAGUCGAACUGAGCAUGAAGCAAAAAGAUGCUCUGACUGUUCUCCUGACUGGGCGCGGCGAAGACAAUUUCACGGACAUUAUCAAACGCAUUGUCGCAAGUCGGAACCUUGAAUUUGACAUGGUCUGCCUCAAACCAGAAGUUGGGCCAAACGGUCAACAGUUUCCAUCUACUAUUUCAUUCAAGCAGUCUUUCCUCGAGUCUCUGAUAAGUACAUACCAUCAGGCAGAAGAGAUUCGGGUUUACGAGGAUCGAGUCAAGCAUGUCAAAGCAUUCCGUGAGUUCUUUGCAAAAAUCAAUGAUCGAUAUCUUCAAUCACAAGGCGAUAGAAAGCCAAUUACCGCAGAAGUCAUUCAUAUAGCAGAAGGCACCGUUCAUCUUGAUCCGGUUACAGAAGUUGCUGAAGUGCAAAAAAUGGUCAAUGAGCACAAUAGACGAUUCCAUGGUUCCACAACCAACUCCACAAAAUCUCCUUACGGAAGACUAAAAAUCAAGCGAUCCGUUCUCUACACAGGCUAUCUCCUCAACGAGAAGAAUUCAAACCGUCUGGUAUCGGAUCUUCUACAACCGUCAUUGCCCGCUGGUGUAGCAGAAGGUAAUGAAAUCAAGCCACUCGCUAAUAUCAUAAUGAUCACUCCGCGACCGGCACCAAAAUCGAUACUCAGAAAGGCUGGUGGUAUGGGAAAGAAGGUUAGCUGGCGGAUUACGGGCUUAGGUCACUGGGAUCACAAACUGUGGGCAGCACGUGUUGAGCCAGUGUCUGAGAAUGAUUCUUACUAUACUGAAACGCCUGUGCCCGUGGUUGUACUUGGAUUUCGAAAAGGUGCUCGACCAGUUGAUGCCAAUCGGAUUCAAAACUGGCAACCCGUAGAUCCGAAUAAUUCCCUUGUGUUCGACACCGUUGUUGGAGAGAGGGCUCUCUUGCGGGUGGAUGAAGACAGUUCAAUGGACGGUGAUUGGGAAAAUCAGUAUGGUAACAAAAACAACAAAAGACGCCAUCCAGCUGGUCGCCGAGAUGAUGAUAUGCAAGACUCGAUUAGGAACAUCCAGGACUCUAAUCCCUACCAAGCACUUAAUGAAAACAGCACACAUAUACGUGCCUAUCAUGGCGGUCGCAAUCAUGAUCCCAAUUAUAACUAUCGGGGUCGAGGUCGAGGAGGACGAGGCUCUGGUGCUGGAAGAGGGAGAGGAGCCUCUUCGCGCGGUGGUGGUCGUGGUCGGGGCCGCGGCGGCUCGACUAAUGACGGCGGUCGUGGUGGUUAUCAUGGCUAUCGCUCGCUCGAUGAGCAUCCAACUGGGUCAGACACUGGGACCGACUUUCGCAGCGGCCACAGCAGUUCCAACGGCGUCGUACAGUUGAUGGACUAUUGA